AUGCCACCCCUCCCUUCUAAGCGCGAGAAGCGCAUCGUAGGCACCUCCCUCAAGAUGUACUUCGACCUCCCCUCCACACUCCGCUACAUCGAAUCGGUAGCAGAGCUCUCAUCAGCCGCCGACGCAGCGAAUGUCGACUUCUUCGUCAUACCAGACUUCGUCACUCUUCUCUCAGCAAAAGAACGCUUGGCUGGCACGAAUGUCAUACUAGGAGCACAGGACACUUGGCACGAGGCCAGAGGAGCCUUCACUGGUGAGGUCAGCCCUUUAACGCUGAGCCAAGCAGGCGUGAAGGUAGUAGAGAUCGGUCACGCAGAGCGGCGAAAGCUGUUUGGAGAGACGGACGAAGAUGUCGCGAAGAAGGCAGCUGCGAUUGUGAGGAAUGGCAUGAUCCCGCUUGUGUGCAUUGGUGAGAAGAAGAAGGGAGAGGUCGCGUCACAGGCUGUGGGAAUUGCUGUGAGUGAAUGCAAGCCGCAGAUAGAGGCUGCACUAUCGCAGAUACCGGAUGAUGCGGAGGUGAUUCUGGCGUAUGAGCCUGUAUGGGCUAUCGGUGCUGCUGAGCCUGCGGGAGCCGAUCAUGUUGUGGCUGUUACACAAAAUCUCAGAGCACUGUGCGCGGAUAGGAAGGGGAGGACGAGGAUACUGUACGGUGGCUCAGCUGGGCCAGGCACUUUCGAGAAUCUGAAGGAGGGUGUGGAUGGGUGCUUUUUGGGACGAUUCGCGCAUGAUGUGAAGAACUUGGAGAAAGUCAUACAAGAGAUGAAGACAUGA